AUAAUGGCUACAUUGAGGGCAAAGAGCUUGAUGACUUUUUCCGUCACAUGAUGAAAAGACUGGGUCCACAGAAAACACAGUUGUCUUUGGAUAAUGAGCUAUGCCAUGGGACCUGACAGUCUGCAGCCAAAGCACCACAUGUUAAGUUAUAAUAAUUAACUUUGAUCGAUCAGUUUCUAUAGUUACAGUACAUGGAGAUGGUGUAAAGUGAUUUAGCUCCGUUAAGCAUAUGCAUACUUUUAUUACAAAGUACAAAUUGCAGAUUUUGUGUGCUUUAUUCAUCAAAAACAUCAACAAGAAAAGUAUUUUAUUCCCAACCAAGGUAAGGUUUCAGUCACUGCCUCCUCUUAGACUUUGAUCUAGUCUUCGAUUUGUAAUUUGUAUUCAAAAUCAGAAAUGAGUAAGUCCAUGUAGCUAUAAUGUAUUAUAAGACAAAGCUCUGCCCACUUAAGGUAAGCUCCUCUAAAGUUAGCUUCUGAUAAAAACUGAAGACCUUGACAAAUCAUCUAGAGUAUCCAUGGAGACCAAUUUUACAAUUACGCACUGACUGUUGUUGAAGUAAUGACUCUAUUUUAAGACUUUUACACAUUAAAGGGCUUGGCCCCACUUUUCUUUUCAAAUGUUGCGUUUGUAAGGGUCACACAAUGGCAGAAAAUCAAUAUUGUUUUUUCUGUGUGCAGGAGAAAGUGACCGAGGAGCGAGUGCAGAGCCUGAAGCAGCGGUUCAUGUCCGCCUAUGAUGUCACCGCUGACGGCAAGCUGCAGAUCCAGGAGCUGGCCCACAUGAUUCUGCCAGAGGAUGAGAACUUCCUGUUAAUUUUCCGCAGAGAGGCGACUCUGGACAACAGUGUGGACUUCAUGAAGAUUUGGAGGAAGUAUGAUAUUGACUGCAGUGGGUACAUCUCUGCUCAGGAGCUCAAAGCAUUCUUGAAAGACCUGUUCCAGCAGCACCACAAGGAAGUGCCAUCUGACAAAAUGGAUGAAUACACAGACACUAUGAUGAAGAUCUUUGACAAGAAUAAGGAUGGACGUUUAGAUUUAAAUGAUUUGGCAAGGAUCCUGGCUUUAGAAGAAAAUUUCCUGCUGCAAUUUAAAAUUGAUGCCAGCAGUAAAGAGGAGAGGAAGAGAGACUUUGAAAAGAUAUUUGCACAUUAUGAUGUAAGUAAAACAGGAGCUCUGGAGGGUCCAGAGGUGGACGGCUUUGUCAAAGACAUGAUGGAACUGGUCAGGCCCAAUUUGACGGGUUCUGACCUAGACAAGCUGCGAACUCUAAUGCUGCAUCACUGUGAUGUCAACAAAGAUGGGAAGAUACAGAAGAAUGAGCUGGCCUUGUGUUUGGGAGUGAAGCUAAAGCUGUAGUGCUUUAGUGAACAGUCUUAACAGGCUUAUCAGUAUUUAUAAAGAAAAUCAUUAUUAAUUAUUGUCCUGUUACAUGAUAAAUUACUUUGUGCAUGUUGUGAAAAUAUUUGAUUUGUACACUAUUUUAAAUGUAGCAACAGUAGCUUACUAAGUUACUAAGUUUAGCCACACACAUCUUUGUUCUUAUUUUAUUCAAAUGUGAAAAAAUAAAAUGUUUUAAAUAUGUUUA